GAGAAGGCGGCGCGGGCUCGGGCGAAUGCUGUUCUGAGGCCCUUGACGGCUCUCACCACUGGCCGCUGCGAUCAGCUUCGAGACGCUGCGUGGGGCAGUGCGACGGACUGGGCGAGAAGCCGCGAGCCGCCGCGGAGGAUCUCGGAGAGGGUGCUGGAGUGCCACCGGGGGGCCCGCGACCUGAAGGUGCACGCUUCCGACGCCGAGCUCGCUUUCGAACGGCUGGCCUUGCGAGCCGAAGCUGGGGCCCACGAGGCCUUGGCCGCGUCGGACGACGACGAGGGGGCGCCGCCAAGGGGCAAGGCGAUGCCCUUCGUGAGCGGCGAGGCGUCUCUGUCGCCAGCAGGGGCGGAGCCGUGCGACAUCAAACUGGUCUCGCCGAAGGGCAGGUACUACUUCGACAGGUUCCACGAGAGGAUGGCCCUUCCGCCGAGCCAGGUGGACGAGGCCGACAUCGAGGCCACGCGCUCCUACACCGACCGAGCCUCCGCCAGCGAGCUGCGCGCUUGGAUCUGCGGCGCGCCUGCCGAGGUAGCCGUGUUUUUCGUGAUGAAGAAGACGCGCGAGGACGGGGUAUACGCGCUGAGGCCCGCGUGGGACACGUGGCGCGUGAACGAGCGCUUCAGGUGCCGCAGUUGUGCCGAAAAGUGGCCCUACAUGGCGCGCGGAGGUGUCUCGACCGACGAGUUCGUGAAGGAGCUCAAGAGGCGGCGGAUGAAGCUGCCCAGCGUGCCGAGCGGAUGCCGAUAUCUCUGUCUUGUCGCGAUGGUGACGGGGUUCAGCUGGUCGCCAGCGAUCUGCCGCGGAGCGCUGGGGGAUGUGAUAUGCGACCUGUCCAGUUUUCCUCGUCACGGCCAGCUGAUCCACGGUCUGAUACCCCCGAGCUUCGCCGAGGUUGCCUUCAUCUACUGGGUUGUUAAGGACGACUUCGCCUCGUUGGCUCUCGUGCGCGAGAGCGACAAGACGACCGUGGAGACGGUGAAGGAGGCUGCUCGGGCGAGGCUGAAGGAGGUGGGCCUGGACAUGCGCAAGGAUGGAGUCGGGGAUGCAUGCCCCCUCUCUCUUGGAGCGACGAUCACCGAGCAGCCGUGCCGACUCCUGGCCUCCAGGGAGAAGAUCCAGAACGUGAUCGGGUCAAUUGGAGCUGUCAUGGCUCGAGGCCGAGCGUCGUCUCAGGAGCUGUCCCGUAUCAUUGGUUCGUGGGUAUGGCUUGCGAUGCGUUGUCGACCCGCCUUUUGCCUGCUGGAUGCGCGCUACAAGUUCGUGGCGAAGUUCGAGGGCGACCAGACCAGGCGCAAGCUCUGGGAGAGCGCGCUGCACGAGCUUCACAUGCUCUACCACCUCGCGCCCCUCGAGGCUGGCAUGGGCGCGGUGGAGACCCAGGCGACAAGGAGCGAGGUCAAGGCAGAGGUGGACCGACGGUGGAGACUCCAGCAGCCUCGCGACAUCGCCAGGGACGAGGAGGAGGAGCUACUGCUGACUGGCGACGACUGGGAGUUUUCCAAUCGGGGAAUCCCGAACACCAGCGGCGAGAGCGACGCCCCCCCCCCGCGGCUGAUGGCCGACGUCCUCGCGGGCUACGGCGGGUUCGGAGAGGAGGUGCGGAGCGAGUGCCAGUGCGAGACCCUCUCCGUGGACAACGCUCGCAACCCGCGCCGCGACCUCAUGGGCCCGUCGUUCGUCGAGCUCAUGUGCCGAGCCAUUAUGUUCGGCUUCUUCUUCAUGGUGCACAUGGUGCAGCGCGUCCGUGAGGGCAGCGCCCUGGCACGGGCAGCUAUCCCCACGUGCUUCGCAUGCCUGGCUGUAGGCAUUGGUUUCUCCUUCGAGAACCCCAG